ACUUUCAUGCAAUUUCUUGAAUUGUUGGCUGCCUGUCGGGAGUUUUUACCAUUAAAUUUACUGUUUAGCUAUUUAGGUUUUAAUGGUGAAAUCGACUUUGAAGUCCGCAGAAAAAUCAUUGAACUAUUAUCUCAAAUUUUUCCAGUUUACGAUGACUGUUUAACCGUGUAUCACAAAUCUCUAAUUGAUUGGUUGAAAUCAGAUGGUUACGAACAGCAUGAGUUUACAGUUAGUCCAAAAAAUGGUCAUAAGUUCUUAUGGCAUGCUUGUGAGAAAGUGUUUGAACAAAUUAAGUGUAUGAACAUUUCAGAAGAUCAGAUGAACACUGCUACGAUUAAAUAUGCUUUGAAGAAUGGAGUCCACCAUAUGAUAGAAUGUGGCGAAAAUGUCGACUUUAGUUGGGCAGGAGAUGUCAAAGUGGUUGGUGCGAGGUUAAUGGUUGUGGAAGACAAUGACAUGCAUACCAUUAGGUCUAAAUUACCAUUAGGUGGUUCUAAACCAGCAGCACCAACACAGUCCCGUGUAUCUGAAACACCCCCUAUGGUCACUCCUUCUCAAUCAACAUCCUCCAGAGUCCCUAGUGAACCUACUAACAAUGACCCUAAGCAACCUCUCGCUUUACCAAUACGUACUCCAAGAACGCGGCCAGUUCUUUCAAGAACACCUCCAGAUCCUUCAAGAACAACCCUAGUUCCUCCAAGAACACCUCCAGAUCCUACAAAAACACCCCCAGAUCCUACAAAAACACCCCUAGUUCUUCCACGAACACCCUCAGAUCCUUCAAGGACACCAACAGGUCCUCCAAGAACACCCUCAGAUACUUCAAGAACACCAAAAGUUCCUCCAAGAACAACCCCAGAUCCUUCAAGAACACCAACAGUUUCUCCAAGAACACAACCGGUUUCUCCAAUGCCACCCAAGCGUGAGAACGAUAGUAAACUUGAUGAGACAUUAAAAGGACUUACUUUAAAGAGAGAUCAGUAUAAAUUGGCUGCUCGCAAUUGUAACAGAAGUGGGGACAAAGAAAAUGCAAAAAAAUAUUUGAUUAUAUCGAAGGACUUUGAUGUUGUCAUUCAAGCUGUAAAGGAUGGAAAAGAUGUUGAUCUCACACAAUGCCCUCCCCCUCCCUUUGGAUUACCAGGAUUUAAUUUGAAAAGCCAAUUUCUUGAUGAACAUUACAACAUUAAAAAAGACGUACAUGAAAAAUUCAAAAGCAUAUCGUGGAUAUGUGGCAACUAUGGAACAGUUAGAAAAAACAAAGUUAUAUCAUAUCCUCAUUUAUAUAUCACAGUUGAUGGUGUUGAAGAAAGGUCCGAUGAAGAUUUAAAGAAAGAAAUUGACACGAUAUUUGAAUGGGAAGCAUCAAAAUUCAUUGAAAUCAGGCGUAAACUUUACAAAAAACCAAAAAUUCGAUAUUUAUCAAACUUCCGCGCUGUUCAAAAUCAUAAUGCACAAAAUACAAUGCAAAUACCAAAUGAUGUUGUUUUGGAAAACCAAUCAACCAGGGGCUCUCAUGGUACAAUGACAAUGUUCUGUGGCAAAAACAAUAAGUAUUACGCCUUGACAUGCGCACAUGUUGCUUGUGGCGCUAGUGACAUGGUGAACAGUGCAUUGGCUUUUAACCAGAAAAAAGACUUUUGGGCCUUUCGCGAUGCCGGUAAACACUUUAAUGAAGGUACAGCUUAUUUUUACAAACUACCAAAAACUGAGGAAGAAGUUGAGCUUCCCUCUAAAGGCGUGGUUGGUCAUUUUGACGAAGAAGUUGAUAUUGUGAGAAUUUUCAUCGGUAAUAAAAGUCAUUUUCAUAAUCUUGGAGGACAUGACAUGGAACGUUUUGUCUUGAAUUCAAUCCGAGAAAAUGAAAAACUUUACGAAAGAAUCGAUGAUGGGGAUGAAUCUGUGAAAGUUCGUACAGAUUACCAUAACAUUGGAUUUAUAAGUGAACGAUGUUGUUCUCACUUGACAAAGUCUUCAAAUGAAAUCGAGAGAGAAAUCAUUUUUCAAGAUGCAGUGAAGGUCAAAAGUAGUUGCCAAUUUCUAAAAAAUGGUGACUCUGGUGUACUUGUUUAUUUUUUGAAGGAACAAGAAAAUUGGCAACCAUUUUCAUAUGGUGUAUGUGAAAUAGAUGAUGAUGAUGAUGUUGAUGAUGGUAAUGAUGAUGAUGAUGUUGAUGAAGUUAAUGAUGAUGAUGAUGUUGAUGGUGGUGAUGAUGGUUACGAUGAUGGUGGUGAUGAUAAUGGUGGUAAUAUUGAUGAUGGUGAUGAUGGUGGUGGUAGUGAUGGUAGAAAUAUUGAUGAUGAUGAUGGUGGUGAUGAUGGUGACAUGGAAGUUGUUGGUGUGGGUGAUAGUGAUGAUGAUAAUGUGAUAUUUAAAGGUCCACCUAUGAAGACCUUCAUAUGUUUGAAAUUAGAUAAAGCUUUAACUGCUGUUAAAUUGGACGAUUGUGAAUACUUCAGAUCAGAGAUCGAAACAGCAAUCCAAUUUAAUCGGAACAAGACCAAACGAUAGCACAAGUUUCUACUAACAUUGACAAGAAAUAAUAAGACAUAAGAUUGUUUCUGAAUGUUUUCGAAUUGGAUCCGCUGGUAAAUAAAAUAUCUUUUCUUCAUGAAUAA